AUGAAUUCUAUAGCUCGCUCAAAGAAUGUCGAUAUAUUCGACCCAACACCCCUUUUAUCAAAUCGCGUACAGAAAUAUGCACCCGGAGCUAUUAGAAGGCUUCUUCCUCUUGAAAGCCUCCCAGGCAUGAUCUCACUCGUUGCCGGAAAACCUAACCCAGAGGUAUUCCCUUUCGAAAAGAUUACGCUAUCUCUUAAGGGAUCAAAUGAAGAGAUCAUCUUGACCCGGGAAGAUGGUCUCGUCGAUGGCCUGCAAUAUGGCUUACCCGGGGGGAAUCCAGAAUUGGUCAGGUGGUUUGAAGGAUUCCAAAGUGAACUCCACGGCAUUGAUAGGAAUCAAGGAUGGUCUUGUUGCAUCGGGAACGGGAGCCAGGAGCUCUUGCAUAGGACAUUCCAAGUUCUCACGGACCCUGGUGAUCCAGUACUCAUUGAAACGCCAGCGUACCCGGGCGUUGUAGGCUUCCUCCAAGCAGAAGACUACAAGCUAGUACAGGCCAAAACAGACAGACACGGCCUAGAACCUUCUAAACUAGAGAAAUCACUCUCCCAAUGGCCUGAAGACCUGCCCCUCCCUAAACUCCUGUAUACCAUCCCCACUGGAUCGAACCCAACCGGCCGAUCGUGCCCGGAGUGGCGUAAAAUUGAAAUCUUGCGUCUAGCUAAGAGAUACAACUUUAUGAUUCUGGAAGACGACGCAUAUUAUUUCCUCAACUUCGAGAACGAACCACAGGGAAAACCACGCAGCUACCUGGCUCUUGAGCAAGAAGUCAAUGGAGAAACCGGUAGGGUCGUACGAUUUGACUCAAUGAGUAAGAUCGUGAGUGCUGGCAUGAGGCUUGGUGUCCUGACUGGACCUCUACCAAUCGUCAAGAACGUCAUAAAGCUUACUGAAAACAUCAACCUUCAGCCCUCAUCUACGACUCAAAUCCUAGCUUUGUCCCUCUUCCGGCACUGGGGCCACACGGGUUUUCUAGAUCAUUGCGCCAGGGCUAGCGAUUUCUACCGUCGGAAGCGGGAUGUAUUCGCAGCAGCCGCGGAAAUGCAUCUCAAAUAUCGCGCUACAUGGGAUCUACCAACUGCGGGAUUAUUCUUCUGGCUAACUUUGACACUUCCACCUGGCGGUGACACCUUCGAGCUAUUGAGCAAGAAAGGGAUGGAGCGCGGAUUGCUUGCCAUCCCCGGCGUCGCCUUCAUGCCGGAUAACCGCAAGACUUACCAGCUCAGGGCAAGCUUCAGCUUAGUGACCGAGGAGCAGGCAUAUGAAGCUUGUAGACGAAUCGCCCAGCUAGUGGAUGACGCUUGGGGAGACUGGGUGCGCGAGUUUGUGCCGGGACGGGUAGAUAGAAAGGGGCUAUCCAACCCAACAACAACCGUCUUGGCAUAGGAACAGACAGUCGUUAAAAAUCAGAUAACUAGGUCUUGU